AUGAACUCCAACACGCCCGCAUCGUCUGCGCCGCUAUCGGGAACCGCGGCCCCGUCAAUACCCAACCUCAAGGACCGGCUCCCCAAGCUGGAACCCCGCCGCCGUCGAUCGCCUCCCUCAAGCUCGAUACCCGUCCCCGAGACCCCCGCCCUGCCGUCACCGCCCGACACGACCGGCUGGACGUACAAGAUACCGACGCGGCGCAUACUAUCGCGCCAGGACCACGAGAUCUUCCAGUCCUCGCCCGCAUACGCGUUGAUCAAGGCUUGGGUGUUUGGGUUGGCGGAGGCCGUCGUCGACACACCGUGCUCAGCAGUCAAGGACGAUGAUCUAAGCGACACCGUCAAAGCCAUCUUGGCCAUACUUGAUGAGUGCGAAGAGCUCAUCAACAAGUCUCCCCCGAACGAGCAAGGGGGCUCGCGGUUCGGAAACAAAGCCUUCCGGGGGUUCCUCGACCUCGCGAGGGACAACUCCCCCAAGUGGCAUCUGAGCUUGAAAGUGGAGGACGAGGGCGCCAUCGCUGAGGCAUCCACAUAUCUCAACCAGUCAUUCGGGAACCGGAACCGGAUAGACUAUGGCUCUGGCCACGAACUCAACUUUAUGAUGUGGCUUCUUUGCCUAUACCAGCUCGGCCGUCUCCAACGGUCUGACUUCAAGGCCCUCGUGCUCCGGGUCUUUGCUCGGUACCUCACCCUGAUGCGCAACGUUCAGAUCACAUACUACCUGGAGCCUGCCGGGUCACAUGGAGUCUGGGGCUUGGACGACUACCAGUUCCUGCCAUUCCUCUUUGGCGCGUCGCAGCUGCUGCACCACCCGUACAUCACGCCUCGCUCAAUACACCAAGAGCUCAUCAUCGAAGAGUUUGGCCACGACUAUCUGUAUCUAGGCCAGGUCAACUUUGUCAACAGCACCAAGACGGUCAAAGGCCUGCGGUGGCAUAGCCCGAUGCUCGAUGACAUCUCCUCUGCCAAGUCGUGGAGCAAGAUCGAUGGCGGGAUGCGCCGCAUGUUCGUUUCCGAGGUGCUUGGCAAGUUGCCUGUGAUGCAGCACUUUUUGUUCGGCUCGCUGAUUUCUGCGGCUGACGGCAUGAGCGCGGAUGGAGGCGCUGCUGCGGAAGAUAGCGAUGAGGAGCAUAUUGGGCACGACGGCGACGAAGAGCAUGCCCACGACGGCACUGGUUGGGGCAACUGCUGCGGCAUCAAGGUGCCCAGCAGCAUUGCGGCGGCGCAGGAGAUGAAGAAGCAUGCCAAGGGGGACACCUUGCGCAGGAUCCCCUUUGAUUGA